GAGUCCCUGUGGGGUGCCCACUGUGUGCAGAGCCGGCUGCCUUCAGCGGAGCCAUGAGUUGGACCUGCCCACGUUGCCAGCAACCCGUUUUCUUCGCGGAGAAGGUGAGCUCCCUGGGCAAGAACUGGCACCGCUUCUGCCUGAAAUGUGAGCACUGCCACAGUGUCCUGUCCCCAGGAGGGCAUGCAGAGCACAACGGGAGGCCGUAUUGCCACAAGCCAUGCUAUGGGGUUCUCUUUGGACCCAGGGGGGUGAACAUUGGUGGUGUGGGCUCCUAUCUCUACAAUUCCCCUAUUCCCACCCCUGCCAGCACCAUUCCUCUCGGCCCCAGCAGCUUCAGUCCUCCAAGGCCCAGGACUGGCCUCCCCAAGGGCAAGAAAAGCCCCUUGCACAUGAAGACAUUCACUGGGGAGACCUCACUGUGCCCUGGCUGUGAAGAACCUGUCUACUUUGCUGAGAAGGUGAUGUCUUUGGGCAGAAAUUGGCACCGACCCUGUCUGAGGUGCCAGCGCUGCCGGAAGACCCUGACUGCUGGGAGUCAUGCUGAGGUGAGCAAGGAAGGGAUGGGUUGUUAUGUUGGGAGGAGAGAGGCUGGAGAUAGAAAAAGAACUGCACUGAGAGGGCUCUCUUUCUCUCUGUGUCCCAGCAUGAUGGCGUCCCCUACUGCCACAUCCCCUGCUACGGCUACCUGUUUGGCCCCAAAGGUGGGCAGUUCCACCCUAGACACUGGGCCUAAAGUAUGGCAUGUGGGUCUGUGGUUAUGUGUGGACAACUUCCCCUGUAGUCGGACAUAUCCCAGGUCCUUCCCAGUUCCCUCUAGCCCUCAGCCCAGUGCCCUCCGUCCCCAAGGCCCUUGGUGAUGGGGCUUUCUCCCUCAGGUGUGAACAUUGGUGAUGUGGGCUGCUACAUCUAUGACCCCGUGGAGAUAAAAUCCAAAUAAGAUGCUUACAGGAGAGGUCACCCUGACUUGGGCCUCCAGCCAUCCCCUCCAUGGUUCAAUGGGAGCUACAGAAUUCUUCAGUCCCAUGGAGGUAGGGGAAGGUGGGAUUCUGGCAGCCUGGGCCUCAGUUCCAUGGUAGACCGAAAAGUCUAGACUUUCCCUGCCAAGUCAUCCCUUUCUCAUGCCUAUCUGCUCAGGGGAAUUGAGACACUUCAUUUUGAAGGGUGGCUUCCUGGCCUUCCCAAUUCCUUUCCCCAGCAAAUUAUAUAACUUCAAGGUACUCAUAAAACUUGUUUGUCCUGGCUUCUCCAAUAAAAUGUUGACUCCCAUGCCUUCAACUCUUCUUUGGGCAUAGACAGUGGGUUGGAGGGUGGAUAGUGUGGGGAUGGGGUUACCCAUUACCUUACAUUGCCAACCAUGGAGCAAAGAACUCUGUUCUCCAGGUCCCCUGGCCCUGACAUCAGGCAGCCCC